AUGCCACCGAAGAAAGCGAAGACCAGCCGAGCCAAAGCCAGCCAAGACGCCCCCACCAGGGAAGAGGACCCCGACGAUCAGGGCCCGGCGACACCUGGCAAGAAGGGCGAAACGAAGCGCGCCGCAAAGCGCAAAGGCAAAAACCCAAGCCAUGGCGCACCGCAGCUGCUCUCCAAAGAAUCAGAGUCGCCAGGAGACGCGGCGACAAAGGGCCCAAUCGUCAUCGUCCCACCGCCCACCACCAGUGACCCGAUCCUCGCCGGUGUUGACGCAUGGGUGCAGGCUACGCUGACGCUAGGCGUGGGCGGCCUGAAGAAGCAGUUCCUCGACGUGAAGGGCUACCAAUCGCCCAACCAGGCCGCCACCGCCUUUGCCGCCAACCCGACCAAGAAUCGCUACCCAGAGCUGACGUGUCUCGAUGAAACGCGCGUCAAGCUGACGCCCGAGGUGCCCGGCGAGGGCGACUACAUCCACGCGAAUUGGUGCAGGCUGGAAAACCACCCGACCGUCUACAUUGCCACACAAUCCCCCGUCGACGCGAGCAUCGUCGAUUUCUGGCGCAUGGUGUGGGAGUACGAGAUUGUCACCGUCUGCCAACUAUCGGCCAACAUGGAGGAUGGCAAAGUGAAGGGCAGCAACUACUGGCCAGCCGCCGCCGGCCAAUUCCAAAACCACGGCCGUUUCUUUGUGAACAACAAGAAGGUGGAGACGGAGGAGAGUUUCGUCACGCUCACCAUCGAAUUGUUGCCGGAUGGAUGUUCGAACAGCCGAAUGCUACGGAUCGUCCAGUAUGAUCCGGCUGCUAAGGAACAAAAGAAGGAGGCGCCCCUGGUGCCUCUGAAGACGACUCGCGUGCUGCGCUUGAUUCGACUGCUCGAUCGCGGCGACAAGCUGAACAAGGGCAACACGCUGAUGCACUGCUCAUCGGGGGUCGGCCGGACCGGGACGUUCAUCCUCGUCGAAUGGCUUCUCGCGCAGCUGUACUCGGGCAGAAAGCCGGCCGAUCUUCCCGAGCUGUACAAGAAGUUGCGCGGUCAGCGUGCUCACGCCGUCCAGACCGAGUUCCAGUACGUAUUCAUCACGGCCGCCGUCUUGGAUUAUUGCCAGGCGAAACACCCGGGGCGCUACACGGAGGCGGCCGUCAACGCGUUCAUCGCCGAGGCGAAGGAGUUGGGCAAAACGGCGGAGAAG